AUGAGCAUUUUUAUUAAACCUGAAGUUAAAAAAGUAUCACCAUCCGUUAUUAGGCGGUUUGGAACGUCUUUUGGAUCACAUCAAAAGCUUUGGUCAAGGUCAGAAACGAAGCUUUGGACAAUCAAUUUCUUUUUUGGAACUUGUGUACUUUAUGCGUCCAGAGUAUCUCUACCUAUUUGUGCUGUUGCUAUGGCUAGAGAAUAUGGUUGGACUAUUACUGAUUCUGGCACUAUUCUCUCCUGCUUCUUUUGGGGUUAUGCAGCAACGCAGGUUGUUGCCGGAAAUAUUGCAGAUCACUACUCUGGUGAGCGUGUUCUACCUUUUACCACACUUGUUUGGUCUGCUCUAACUUUAUUUACACCUCAACUUUUUGAUUUUGCAUACUGGACUAGAUCUCCUCUUUUUAUUCUGAUUACAAUACGUGUUUUAACAGGCAUUGGGCAAGGUUUUCAUCUUCCUUCAAUGGCUAGCAUCGUUUCUAGGCAUUUAACUGCUUCUGAUAAAGGACGUGUCUUUGGUAUUUGUUUGGCAGGUUCUCAUUUUGGUUCAAUAGUUGCUGGAGGAAUUGGUUCUUUGUUAAUCGAUCUGUUUGGUUGGAGGAGUCUUUUCCAUUUUGUUGGUUUGUUUUUUGUCAAUUUAAUGUGGGAUUAUUAA